AGAAAAUUCUCAGUCUCGAUCUGAACCUGAAUAGCGGAUAGAUCUCACCUACAAUUCCUAUUGGAUAAAUAAAUCAAUUGACAAAACAAACAAAUCCAGUGAGCAUCACAAUCAAAGAAGAGUAUCAGAGUACCAAAAUGGCGAUGAAGAGAUAUCCACAUGUGCCGAGUGUAGGAGUUGUCUUAAUUGUUGUGAUGAUUGUGAUCAAUACCGUGGGGGUAUUCUCAGGGACAGUAGCAGUAACCAAAAAACACAAAAUAAGUAUUUACGAUAAAGUCCGGCGACUGGAGGCGGUGAAGACAUGCCAAGAAUUCUACUGCAAUGGACCCCAACCCAGGACUUAUCACAUAAUAGAUCUUCUCAAAGAUCAUAAAUACAUAACAAAUUCUUCAGUCCCGAUUAUAACACCGUCUUAUCUCGUGGUGAAAAGGUGUGAUGGACACGCUGGAUGCUGUGACUCUCCUUCACUCACUUGUCUCGCUAAAACCAAGAGUGAGAAAGAAAUAGAGAUCUACAGAUUGGAGGCCAAUGGAACCAGUCAAUUGGUCAAGCUCACCAUCGAGAAUCACACAUCCUGCGAGUGCGGUACAGCUAAUAAUAAAACUUAUCGAGAACAACUCAAUGUGAGAAAACCAAAUAUUUCUUCUUACGACGAUUCUAGUACUGAAUAAAGUGAAUUGUGUUGAAUUUUCAUUCAAUCACUGGAUUUCGUCGGUUUACUCCAUCGCUGGAUCCACUGUCGGCUGUGAAAAAAUUUGUUUAUUAAUUCUUUGAUAUGAUAAAUUUGUAUUUAACACUUUAACAUUCGGGUAUAUCCGGUAUUAUGUGAAAAUAAAUUCCAAAUAUGUUGGGAGGGUGUUGUCAAUGCAUCGGGGGUGUCAAGAAUGAUAAUGGCUUUCGGGUGUCUGAGAAUAUUCCGUGUUAACAGAAUUAAACGUGCGAAAUCAGAGAUAGAAUAAUAUUUUUGGCACUUUGCCAUCGGGGAAUUGUCGGCGUCUAGCGCUUUAUGGCGAGUUAAAACAGAAUUUAAAGAUUUCAUCGUCUUUUUUAUAUUCAAUCUUUUGAUAGAACCACUCCUGGCUUCUAUCGGACAUUUCUUUCGGUCUUCCAUUACUCUCAAAUUAUUGUAAAUGAAUCCCUUAUUUUUAACAGUACUUUUGUUAUAACAAUUGGGUAUUUAGCGUUGACUCUGUACACUGCGUCUACUUGAAGUUUUUUUUUUCAUUUUGUCGCAUGUUUUUGGCCAGCAAAAUGCAUUUCAUAAAUUCAGAGUGAAUUCUAUUUAUAAGAUCAGGGGAGUUUGUCAUGGAAAUUUAUAUUGUCAUUGUUCAUCUUAUUUAUUAUACCAUUGCAAGUAUUUAUUGUUGAUAUAUAUUUAUGGAGAAUAUAAAUUAUUGAGGACUUCAUGAUUUUUUAUUUGCCAAAUAUAUUUUAUAUUUUUAAAAGUUUGAUAAUAUCAUUUUUUAAUGUCUUCGGGUUGAGUUUCGAGUUUAGUGCGGACUUUUCCUCGAUCAGACUGAGGUAAUGAUUGAUGAGGAAUUAAUGAAGAGGAAAAUCUCAGUACAAUCAGUCUUGAGGAAAAAAGAAAAUGUUAAACAAUUUUUCUGGUAUCCCGUGACGAAUGAUUUAGGAAAAAGGGCGAAGAAUAAAAGAAUCACAAACAGUCAUCUCUUUAUAUACACCUGGUUUAUUAAUUUAAUCCAAUAAUCGAUCCAAUAAUCGACAUUCUAAUUUACUCAUAAAUCUUCAUGAAUAUCAUUCCUUCUCGCUACAUUGGAAAUCUCGCAAGGAGUCGUAAUUAUAAAUGCGCAGUAUUUUACUACCUGAGAUAAAUAUCCCUUCUAGCG